AUGGACUCCACACCAUCGCUGAAGGAACGUUACGCGAAAGAUGGAUUCGUGAUCAUCCCCGGUUUGAUACCCGCCGAGGAUCGUACUGAGCUAGAGGCAGCGUGUGAACGGGUGAUCGCAAAGACCAGAGCAGGUUUGUGGACGCACAGACGAGUGGUUGGGAAACAAUUCCCCCCGUACGACACCGAGACGAACCCAGAUUCAUGGGGAGUACAACAUGUCAUGCAUCCCGAUCUACACGAGCCUGCUUUUGCGAAGUGGUACACGUCCGAUCCACUAGUCCAUGCGGCCGCGGAGUUGCUGGAAUGCGAGGAAGGGGAUCUGCAGAUGGAGCUGUUCAAUCUGCUUAUCAAUCCGCUCUCGCACGAAUUCGCCCUUCGUUGGCACAGAGAUGACGUGAAAGAGACCGCAUCGGAGGAAGAGGAGCGAGCUGCACUCUCUGUCUGGGACCAUGGAGUCCAGUGGAAUACUGCCCUGUAUCAGGAUUCAUGCCUUUACGUGGUACCCGGAUCCCACAAGCUUCCCCGGACGCCUGAACAGCGAGCUCAGUCCGCGACGCAAUCGCCGCCGGACGAUCCAUCGGAGAUGCCUGGUGCAGUGCAGGUCGUUCUCCAACCUGGCGAGACCGUAUUCUAUAACAAUAACAUCUUGCACUGUGGGACGUACAAAUCGCACGAACGACGAGCGACCCUGCACGCAUGCAUGGGCGACACAAGGGGCGGUUCAACACGAGCGCGGAACAUCUUGCAGCAUGGCUUACGCUGGAUGAAAGAAGACGCGUUUCGGGCCACGUUGAAUCCUCGAGGCAACGCAAUGUUAGAGCGGUUGCUCGCGAUGGAAAGAAGCGUGGGCGGACAUGUAGGCUACUCGCUCGAUUAAGGAAUACACAGUCCAUUUUCAGAAUAUCGACUACCGACAUCGAUCACGUGUCUCGUAAACGAGGUGGCCUAGUAGCAUGGCAAUUGACAAUGGCAUG